UUGAAGGUAUAAGAAAUGAGUAAAUAAAGUAGAAGGAGAUUGAGUACCUUCCAAAUGUUAGCACCUUAUCUUGUGGGAGAGAAAUUUAAGAGUAUUGAAUUUUUAGCUUUGAUGUUGGCAGUCUGGCAUCAACAAAAUAGUUGUUGCAAUGGCCGUACUAUGUCAGUCUCCCCUGAAUUUGAAGCUCAUCACCUCUUCCUCCUCCUCCUCACGGAAUCGCACUGCCAAUCCCUCCUUCAGAUUAAAUCUCUCCGCUCACUCCCGCAGUGAGCCCUCACCCGUUUUCACCUCUGUCAAGUCCUUUGCUCCAGCCACCGUUGCCAAUCUCGGCCCUGGUUUCGACUUCCUUGGCUGCGCUGUCGACGGCAUCGGCGACUUCGUCACUCUCCGCCUUGACCCCAACGUCCACCCUGGCGAGGUCUCUAUUUCUGACAUAUCCGGCGCUGGAAAGAAGCUCAGAAGAAACCCUCGCUGGAAUUGCGCUGGCAUCGCCGCCAUCUCUGUCAUGAAGAUGCUCAACAUUCGAUCGGUGGGCCUUACUCUCUCCCUUCACAAGGGCUUGCCCUUGGGCAGUGGUCUCGGGUCCAGCGCCGCUAGUGCAGCUGCUGCUGCCGUGGCUGGCAAAAGGCUUUUUGGCCGCCCACUGACCCUGACUGACCUCGUGCUUGCUGGGUUAGAUUCGGAAUCCAAGGUCUCCGGUUAUCAUGCAGACAAUGUGGCACCUGCUAUUAUGGGGGGUUUCGUAUUGAUCCGGAGUUACCAUCCUCUUGAAUUAAUUCAGUUGAACUUCCCUCAUGAAAAGGACCUCUUCUUUGUGCUGGCGAAUCCGGAAUUUGAGGCCCCAACAAAGAAAAUGAGGGAGGCACUGCCGCAAGAGAUAACCAUGUCCCAUCACAUUUGGAACUGUAGUCAGGCAGGUGCAUUGGUGGCGUCCGUGCUGCUGGGAGACGUGUCUGGUUUUGGUAAGGCACUGUCCUCCGAUAAAAUAGUGGAGCCAAGGAGAACACCACUAAUUCCAGGAAUGGAAGGAGUGAAGAAGGCAGCAAUGGAAGCAGGGGCUUUUGGCUGCACCAUUAGCGGAGCUGGGCCCACAGCAGUAGCGGUGACUGACAAUGAGGAGACAGGGAGAGAGAUUGGGCAAAGAAUGGUAGAGGCUUUUCUGGAACAUGGCAAGCUGAAGGCCUUGGCAAUGGUGAAGAAGCUCGACCGUAUUGGUGCCAGGCUUGUCAGUAGCCAACCCAUAUGAUUUCUGCACUAAUUGUCAAGCUGUUUGUUCCCAUAUGCUUAGGGAUUGUGAUCGUCAGAGACUGAUCAUUUCGCUGCUUGAACUGCCAAAUAAUGGAACAACUCCAUAUUGUAUUUGUGCCACCUUCGGCAAAUUGUGACAUUAGCAGGAAAAAGGGGCAUUGCGUGAUGCCUCAAGUGCUGUUUGGUUGUCAUGCAAGCAAGAAGAGUGAAUGCUAUCAACUCAUCUAAAAGUAGAAUCUGCAUUAUCUUAGUAAAAUUAUAUACUAGCAUUCAUUUUGCUUUAAGGCAUCUUUCCUAUCCAUGCAACAUCUGCUAACUUUGAAGAAUCUUAUUGAACUUCCAUUUGCCUCAA